CAGGGGCGGACUGACCAUUUGGAAACUUGGGCACUGCUCGAGGGCCCAGGGUCAGUAGGGGGCCCCAUGAGAUGCCCCUGGUACCUUUUUCAUAGGCUUUUUUGAGUUUGGGCAAGGACACAGGGGCCCCAUGAUCCCCUAUUGCCCGGGGGCCCCAUGCGUUGUCAGUCUGCCCCUGGUUGUGUACCUUCUCAGCAGUGCAGCCUAUUAGUGCCCAUCAGUGCUGCCUAUCAGUUCCCAUCAGUCCUGCCUAUCAGU